AUGGAUCCACCUACUUUUAUCUCCCCCGCUGAAGAGAAUUCUCACAUUCAUAGCAGCGAUAACGCUUCUUCUCCUGCGAGUAAUGCCGAAUCUCAGCCUCCUAAGAGAAAACGUCUGACACAGGCAUGUGACGCGUGCCGUAAGAAAAAAGUAAAGUGUAGUGGUGAAAAGCCUUCUUGUAAUAAUUGUAUACGACUCGGUACGAAUUGUACAUAUCUUCCUAGUACGCGUAAGCGAGGUCCAAGAGUUGGGUUGGUUGAAAGUUUAGAAAAACGUCUUCAACAAAUGGAAAAACUUUUGCAACCUCUCAAAGAACAAGGAUUGGUAGAUGACAGUGUCGAUAAUUCAACCGGUCGUUCUACAAAAAAACAAAAGCCAAAUCCUAAAGACAGUAACGUUCCUGAUACCCCUUUCUCACAUAUUGGUGCAAAUCCUGUGUUAUCUACUUCGAUUGAUUCUAGUAACUUUGCUAGUUCUUCAUUUAUCGCACCGAAUAUUCAAAAUAAUAAUAAAUUUUAUAAAACUCCUGUCGCAUUCAAUAAUCCGAAUCAACAAAGUCAAUCCCCGUAUGGACAAAAUGUACCUUACAAUUUACUUUCUCCGUCUCAAAAACCAUAUCCAUUACGUACUUCAAGUGAGCAAAUGCCGAGAUUUAUGGAACAACAGACAAAUAUUAAUGAAAAUUCUCAAGAAGAUAAAUACAAUCAGGAUAGGAAUGAGGAAAAGGAAGUUGAUGAAUUGAUCUUUUUUGGGAAGACGUCAAUAAUGCCUGGAUUUCUUCAUAAAUCAGAGCUGACGCUCUUUUGUGGAAAAACCUCACAGGGUUCUUCAACUGAUCACUCAAUUCUCCCCGGAUCUGCAAAUUCAGGGGAAACCACACAAAGCAUUAAUUCACAAAUUCCGAGCGCUAUCAUGUCAAUUGGAAAGAAUGGUUAUCCCCGAGUAGAAAUUGUUGAACACCUCGCUUCUUGUUAUUUCCGUAACAUCGAUAGUGUGUUUCCAAUUUUCCAUCAACCUACUUUUAUGAAACUUCUGAGACAAAAUAAAGUUUCAGCCCUUCUAGUAUUUGCCAUGUGUGCCGUAGGUGCGAAGUAUUCCAAUCACCCGUCUAUCAUUUGUGAUCCUCCUCGCACGUCAGGCGAUAAAUUUGCAACGAUCGCAAACUCAAUGAUUUGUCGAUCUUUUGAUUUUCCUUCUGUUGAACAUAUUCAAGCACUUGUUUUAUUGACUUUACAUUUGUAUAGUACUUGCAGGGGACCAAGAUCCUGGAUGUACAUUGGAUUGGCUAUAAGGAUGGCACAAGAAAUUGGCCUUCAUAAAGUGGAUGAACCGUCAACAGAGGCACAAUCCACAAAAGAUAAGUCAGAAGCAGCCUUCAUACAAAAAGAGAUUCGAAGGCGUACGUUUUGGUCUUGUUUUUUGCUUGACAGGUUUUCUGCAUGUGCAGUUGGUCGACCUACAUUAAUUGAUGAGGAUGAUUGUGAUGUGAGAUUGCCAUGUAACGAAGCCAUCUGGAAUUAUGAUCAUCCUUUUUCAAAAAUUUUGAUUGAAGAAUAUUAUAACGAGGUGCACGUUAAACACGAAUCACGCAUGACACUUACAAACAAUGGACUUUUUGCUUGUCUUGUUAGCGUUUCGGCUUUAAUUGGACGAGUUGGUCAGUUCGUUAAUCGAUCAAAGCCUUCUAAUUCACUACAUUCCUGGGAACCGCACUCUCAAUUUGCUAUAUUGUCAAAUGAUAUAGAUCUUUGGUAUAGCUCAUUAUCGCCUCAUUACAAUUACACCAAAGAAAGGUUGCAAAAGUUGAUGACCAAUGGCACCGGGGCUAUUUUUGCCUCAAUACAUCUGAUCUAUUAUGCGGUUAUCAUUAUCCUGAAUCGACAAAUCAUUGCACCUUUACCAAAUUAUGAGGAGAUAGAAGAAUCUCGCAAAGCGUUUAUUCGUAAAUCAGCGGAACGUUGCAGUUUAGCAGCAAAGAUUGUUUCCUCAAUAUCCGCAGAUAUUCUUGCGCACGGAUUUCCUCAUUUGUGUAUCUUUACUUUGUAUCCCGUAUAUUUAACUUCGACGCUUCUUAUUAAUGAUAUUUAUAGUUCAAAUAGUAUAGUUGCUGAAGAAGCUAAAAAGAACUUGGAGAUAUGUGAAGAAUUUUUGUCAGCAGCGGAUCCUUAUUGGGCGAUGGGUGGCAAAUUAUUACGUAUGAUUGAAUUAAUGCGCAAGGACCGUGAAGAACAAGAGAAAUUAAAUAAUAUAAUGAAUAGUAAUAGUAAUUCUGAACAAUUAGGAUGCGAAAUGUAUAUGGGUCCAGACGCCGGAUUUUUAUCUUUCUGGAAUCGUGCCAGCAGCACUGUUGAUACUAAUGAUAUUUCCUCUAUUAUAUUACCUGAACAAUUACUUUCUUCCCGCUGGCUUGAUGAUUUAUCUAUGGGAAAUGAUACGUGGUCAAAUUUACUUCGUUCUUAUGAUCCUUUUUCGCCCAGAGCGUUAUCACGUUUUAUAAAAAAAGAUAAAAACUCGAAUGGGGAAAGUUCGACCGAUGAAGAUUAUUUUAAUCAGGAAAUGGAAAAUUACAGUUUUCCCCCUCCCAUCUUUAAUGGAUAUCCAAUGAUGGAUUUGACAACAGCGAAUCAAAGUGCUUAUGAUGGGAAUAAUAGUAAAUUUUCACCGAUACAUCGCCCUCUUAAGCAUUGGAGUACGGUGAAUGGAAAUAAUAUUACAUCAAUUACUGAAGAAUCUACUGUAAGUGACACACAAUCUCAGUCUAUCUCCUCAUCUACUUCCGCCACCAGUUCAAACACCUCUUGA